AUGUUCUCGAUAUUGGUACUAAAUUUAGUUCUUGUACAAAUUUCUGGUGAAUUGGUUAUUAAACCAAGUCAAAGUUCAUUAACAAGAGAUCAAUAUAAAUCAUUUAUUGCAUUAUGUACCGAUCAAUCGGAUAGUCGAAUUUUUCGUUGGCGAUCCCCACAACAGAAAGAUAUACCUGAGAACCUAAAUGAUCGUGUUACUGUUGAACGACAGACAAAUGGAAUUCGAUUACGAAUUCGAAAUUUGACAACUGAUGAUCAAGGGAAAUGGGAAUGUAUUGGUACAAAUGCAAAUGGUCAACAAACACAAAAAUCAUUUCAAAUGAUUGUUAAAGUUCCAAUAACAUUUCAUGGUGAUUCUAUUCAAUAUGUAGAACUUGGUGAAUCUGUUAUUAUCAAGUGCUCUGUUCAAGCAAAUCCAAUAGCUGAAGUGUCUUGGUUUAAAGGUCAAGAUAAAAUUCGAAUAGAAAAUCCAAAUUAUGAAUUAGUUCAUGACGGUUUACAUAUAAAACAUGUUGAAAUGUCAGAUAAUGAUAUAUUUUGGUGUCGUGCUGAUGUUCUUGAAACAGGCGAAUCACGAGAUUUUCCAAUAUCUGUUAUUGUAUCAAAACCAAUCAGUCAAACACAUAUAACUUGUGCUAAUCCAUGUGCUAUUGAAAAAAAAACAGCAACAUUAAUUUGUGAAGCAUCCGGUUUGCCAACACCGAAAUACUUAUGGUUUUAUGGAUCGGAUUCACCUGUUGGUGCAAGUGAAGUACCGAAAUUUGUUGUCCGUGGGAAUCAAUUAACUAUAAAUUAUGUUGAUGAAACUGAUAAUGGAAAAUAUUCAUGUCAAGCUUUUAAUGAAUUUGAUCGAAAAGGACAACGAGCUGAAUAUAAUUUAAAUGUGAUCGUUCCACCUCGUUUAUCAUUAAUUUCACCGAUUGAAAUAAAUGUUGAUAGUCAACAUCCACAACGUGUUUCAUUUCAAUGUCGAGUUGAACGUGGUUCAACCGAUAAUCUUUCACUAGAAUGGCAAUAUUUAAAUCAUACAUCAAUUCAAUCAACGAAUGGAAUAUUUAUUGAUAGAACACAAUAUGAAACACAUAAAUUAAUUGAAUUACGUUUUGAUCCUGUACGCCGUGAACAUUUUGGAAAUUAUUCAUGUGUUGCAAAAAAUCUUGCAGAUACUACUUAUUCAAUAGCUAGUCUUUUUAUUCAAUUUCAACCAGUUUAUGUUGGACCAAAUACUAAUAUUAUAACAACAAUUCCAAAUUAUCGUUCAAUAAUUCGUUGUCAAUUUGAGUCUUACCCAUCGCCACAUAUUCAAUGGAUUAAAAUGAGUCGAACGAUGCAAGAUCCUCAAGGACGAAUACUCGCUGUUGGUAUUGAUAACGGUGUUAAUGAUAUAACAACAAAACAAAUUGGAACAACACUUUAUGAAAGUGUUCUUUCAUAUACUCCUACAGAAGGUGAUUUUGGCUUAAGUUUUGAAUGUCGAGCAUUAAAUCCACGUAUUGGUCGACAUUCAUUUACACUUCAACGUGCACAACCACCAAGAACAGUUAAUAUAACUCAUGUUAAGCCGUUAUCAAAUGGUGUAGAAAUUCUUAUACAAUCAUCUGACACUGACGAUCUUCCUGUUUUACAAUAUAUACUUAAAUAUGAUAUACAAGACGCAAAAGAUAGUCAAUUACAAACAUUAAUUGUUCCAGCACAAAAAACUAGUAAACAACAAAUAAUAAAAGUUGAAAAUCUUCGGCCUAGUACAUAUUAUCAAUUAAUGAUUGUUGCUGAAUCACGAGCUGGUAUUGGUCAACAAACAGGACCGAUACAAUUUCGAACACUUGAUAGACAAAUACCAGAGUUUAUAGUAGACGAACAUACAAAUAGAACAUGUUUAAGUGAUGAAAGUUGUUUAAUUACAUGGAAUAUUGAAUCAGAUGGCGGAGCACCCAUUGUUCGCGCGGAAAUACUUUAUGCAAAGGCGAAAGAUGAUAAUGGUCUAGAUAUUGAAGGACCAUUAAGUACACCAAUAUCAAUUGAUUCAUCAAUAACUGAAUAUGAAUUAACUGGAUUAAAGCCAAAUACAAAUUAUAUUGUUAUAAUUAAAUUAUAUAAUGAAGUUGGUGUAGCUGAACAAAAGUUGCGUAUAAAAACAAAUGAAGAAAGUAAUGAAUAUAACAAAUUAGAAAGAAAUCCAUUAAUACCAAAUGAUGGAAAAACUCAACCAAACAAAUGGAUUAUUGUUGGUAUCAUAAUAGCCAUUAUUUUUUCAGCUGUUGUUGUUAUUACUGUAUGUGUUCUAUUACGUGUUUUUCGGCUUGAUGGCAAACAUGAGACAACUAAUUCUGAUCAUCAGACAACACCAAUGAUGAAUGGUGACCAUCGUUCUGAUAAAACAAAUGGAUAUACCAAUGAUCAUUCGUCAUCAACAAAGGUAUUUAAAUAG